ACAGAUGUUUUAGCGGCCGGGUGUUAUUUAACAACAGUUUUACAAUUUGCCAAAUUAUCAACGAACUGGAAGAAGAUAAAUAGGCAUUUAUCAUGAGACAUGUUCAAUUUCUGGCCCGCACAGUGAUGGUGCAAAACAACAACGUGGAGGAGGCGUGUCGUCUGCUGAACCGCAUUCUCGGCAAAGAAGAAAUCUUUGAUCAAUUUCGGCGCACGCGUUUCUAUGAGAAGCCUUACCAAGUGCGCCGUCGCGUCAAUUUUGAAAAGUGCAAAGCCAUCUAUAACGAGGAUAUGAAUCGCAAGAUUCAGUUUGUCCUCCGAAAAAAUCGUGUGGAUCCCUUCCCCGGCUGCAGUUAAAUCAUAAUAAACUCUGUUUAAUAUUAAUAAUAAUAUUAUUGAUUAAAAGAAACAUUAGUUAAGAAA